UCCAGCCACACCCUUGAAGACUGCAGAGAGUAGGUGUGGUUUAGGUCACGUUGAUUAAUAGGCGUGGUUACUUAAUUUGCAGAAUAGGCGAGACAUGUAUCAUGUGAUGGAAGCUCAUUGCAACUGAAAAGAAGUUAAAUUCUCAAUAAAUAGUACUACAUAUAAUAGAUAAUCAAAGAUGUCUGCUCCCCCUCCUCCUCCUCCUCCCCCUGUUGUGAGUGGUGGACUAAUAGAAGACACUUCAGAGCCAGCAGCUCCAUCAAUGGAGGAGAAGCCGGCUAGUAAACCAGUUGAAGGUGCUCCACCUGCCAGUGGUAAGGUAUGGGAGAGACCAUGGAGUAUAGCAGAAAUGAAGGAAGGGAGUAGGGACUGGACACUAGCCUCUGAUGCUGGGAUGCUCUUGUUUCUGAAGGAGUUUUCUCAGCACAUAAGAACUCGUACACACGAGAUUGAGAAACAGGUUGACACCCUGGUCGACGAGACGAAAGGAACCGGAACAAGAAUGAAUAACAUGAUCAACGACUUCUUAAUACUCUCAAAUAUUCAAUUUGUGGAGAACCGAGUCUUUGAGGAGAACAAUGAGGCAGAGGCUGAGAAUGAAGAACAGAAGAAAGAAGACGAAGUGA